AUCUUUGGUGGUAUCAUAGUUUUUGUUUUUAUUUUGUCAUCAUUUGGGGGGGUCAUUCUGCAGCAGUGUUCCCAAACAUGCUGAAACAAAAUGAGUUUUCCCAUCUCCCGGCGGAAGUGGUUAGUGGAAGCGCUACUGGACUCCAACAGCUAGCUGGCUAGGGCGUUGCUAGCGGCAGAAAGUGGGAUUUUUGGUUCCUUUCCGCAAGUUAUAUUCCUGUACAAACAACGUCUUGCGUUGAAAAAAACAGCGUUUGAUGUUCGCUAAAAGUUUUAACCGCCUCGGUGUCCUUUCGCCGGUGUUUACAGCGGACUGGUGUUACUUUGUGUCCCGUUAGCUGGCCACAUAGCUAGCUGCUUCCAUCCACGGGAAUUCUGCCGAGAAACGACUGAAUUCUGGAAACAUGGAGUCAAGGAACGUUGCGCUGUGCUAACCGACUUCACUGGAUUUUCUUUCCUCAAGGAGACUUUCUGAAGGACAUAACACGGAGACAUAUCGCAAGCCAGUCAACAUUCAUGCCGUGUUGUAUAUCUAUAUUUCGGUCGUUGGCCGGCUCAUUGUUGUGAACGGGAGUUUGCUUAGUUUGCACUCGAAACAAGAGCAUACGAAGCAAAGUUUUCUGCUGAAAGAGCUCAUCUGUUUUGUUAGCUGGUAGCUGGCGAGAUUCAACGCCAGCCAGCUUUCACUGAGAAAGGAUUUUCUAAAAAAGGCAACUGUGCUUUUUUAUUUUAAUCGACCAUCUAGCCAGUUUGUUGAAUCUAACGUCUUACACCGGUAUAACAUUAGCUGCAGUCGUUGCUAAUUUGUAACACGGGUCGGUUAAACUCGGUAUUGAGCGAUUCUCAUGGUCACGGGAGACUCGUCCUCACAGUCACAGACAGGCAUUUCUGGGAGCAGGGAAUACCAAAUGGGACUGGAGGAAUUUCCAGCAUCUUCAAAGAUCAUUUAGGAACCGAGGCCAUUCAGCCGAGCUGGGGUGGUGGCAGACGGACUCCAUCGCAGGGCCAAGGUGUCUGUUACAUUGGAAUACAUAUUGUUUACACAAUUCAUAUCGGCGGAAACUGGGAUGUGAAUGCACAGGAUCCAUCCAAGGAGUUCAUACAUGCACGACAACUUGUACCAGCUGACGCAGUAUAUUUAUUCUGGUUGCCAAAAUAUUGUUUAUAGCCGGGGUAGGAUAUCAUCUGACUGCACAGCUAAUACGACAGAGGCCCCGAUUAAUUUUUUAAGGUCUGCACUGUAGAUUCCUAGCUGCUCAGCUUUGGCAGGGAGUGUUGGUGAACAGAUAGCCUGUAGGUAAUAUUUUGGUGUCUACCAGUGUUUGGACGUGCCUUGCAACAACCCAACAGUGUCCCAUUUAUUUUCAACACCAUUCUCAAAAUCCUUGCCCACUUCAGACGAAUGCCAGAGAAGGACGCUCCAGGAAAUCGCCUCAUCUCACUCUGGAAAAUGUUAAUCGGAUAUAAUUUGCUGCAAAUCUAGAACCGGAAGCCCAAUGAGUGACACACAGUCCAGCUUCACUGACAGGUUUCCCAAGAAAGCAAACAGAACCAGCAGCAUUCUCAGUAAAGACCACCCCCCAGACAAGAAACCCAAAAGUGACAAAACCUCACUUCCCUCCAAUGAGUUUGACCCUACAGAAGCUCUGGUGGUGCAGAAGAGUGGCAGCAGCAGUGUGCUAGCAGAGGGGAAGCCUGAGUCCUGUGGUCUGGUCCAGCGAUGUGUAAUCAUCCAGAAAGAUGAAAAUGGCUUUGGGCUCACUGUCAGUGGUGACAACCCAGUGUUUGUGCAGCUUGUCAAAGAAGAUGGGGCUGCUAUGCGGGCAGGUGUUCAGACAGGAGACAGGAUCAUCAAGGUUAAUGGGACCCUUGUUACACAUUCUAAUCACAUUGAGGUGGUGAAGCUUAUCAAAUCGGGCUCCUAUGUGGCCCUCACAGUGUUGGGGCGGCCUCCAGGGCUCGCCCAGAUCCCUUUGUCUGAAGCAGAGUCUGAAAUGUUGGGUGUUAGCAUUUCAUCACCUAACUCCCCAGCAGCAGAACGCCCCUACAGUCCCCUGGACCGACUCUCCUCCACACAACCACCAUGGGAUGAGAAUAGCAGUGUCUGCAGCCAGAGGGUUGACAUGUUGCAAAAGAUGCUCUCAAAAGAGCAGCAGGAGCUGCAGGCCAUGAAGGAGGAGUACAGCAGGAACCCCUCCCCCAAACUACUGAAAGACAUCCAGGAAGCUAAGAAACACAUUCCUCAGCUGCAGGGUCAGCUCUUCAAGGCCACUGGGGCAACACAGGAGGCUGUUCCAGGUGGUGAUGCAGAUGAUGGUAGCAUGUUUGAGACAGAGCACACUCCCUCUAAGGGAGACAACAGUACAGACCUGUCCUGGAGCAGCACUCCUAUAUCUCGUGGGUUUGGACCUGGAUCUCCAGAGAAUCUUUACUCAAGAGAGUCAUCCUGCCCCAGCCCAAAGAGCACACCCAGGAACAGCUUCAACUCCUGCCACUCUCCAGAGGGGGAGGACGCCACUGACCUGGACUCUCUGUCCCCUACCACAGUCAGCAGUCCCUCUUCCUCCCGCCUCGUCUCACAAAUCAUUGGAGCUGAGGACGACUAUUUUGAUUCAGACCAGGAGCAGACAAAUGGCCAGUGUAACAGCUUUAACAGUAUUGAGCAGCUCAAGUCUCGUCCUGCCCACCUCGCAGCCUUCCUUCACCAUGUCAUCUCUCAGUUCGACCCUGCUCCUGUGCUGUGCUACCUCUAUGCUGACUUCUAUAAGCAGACCAACUCCAAAGAGACCAGACGGGUGUUCAUGGAUCUCCACACCUUCUUCAUUGACCGUGGAGCGAAUUUAAAAGUUGCUGUUCCUGAAUCCAUCUCUACUGAUCUCGACCGGCGGCGGACAGAGCUGAUCCCAGAGGAAAUAAACAGGCAACAUGUACAAACACUGCAGGACUCUCUGCUCCCUGACAUCCAGAAGAACCUGGAGGAUUUCAGGCAAAAGCGCAGUAUGGGCCUAACGGUGGCUGAAGUAGAGCUGGCCAGACUGGACCAAGAGAGAGUCAGAGACCGUGUCACUCUGGAGCGAGAGCGCUCUUAUGCUGAGAACAUCAUCACCAAGAUAGAGGAUAUCCUGGUAACAACUCAGACCACAGAGGAAGAGAAAUGCACUACAAUGCAGUAUGUCAUCUAUACAUACAUGAAGCACCUUGGUGUGAGGGUCAAGGAACCUCGCAGUCUGGAGUCCAAACGGGUCAGGAUCAACUUCCUUCCCAAGAUUAAGAAAAGCAUCAAGACAGAAAAGGAAGGAGAAGAGAAGGUGAAGAAACCCAGAUUUCCCAGUAUUCUUGGACCUCAGCGUCGGCCCAGCCGCAUCGAAGCAGCAUCAGUGGGUAAAGCCUUGGAUGGUCGCCCCAGGCCACAGAAACAGUUGUCUCAGCCCACACUGGGAGCGAGUGAUCACAUGGAAGCUGGUCGUCUAAGAGGCAGCCAAUCGAGCGAGGGCUCUGAACUCACACACUCCAUGUCUCUCAACACCUCAUCCCCAAACAGCGCCACCUAUAGCUCGGAUACAAGCCGAGACACUGAUAUGGGUGGGACUCCAACCUCAGGCCCUUCCAGGCUGAGUGACGGCCUUCAGUCCGACGCUCUUGAUGGGUUGUCAUACCCUGCUUCGCACUUUGACCUUUACAGCCUCGACCAGCUGCAAGAGGAUGACAGAGAAAGCGACAGAGUCCACGAGGGAACACCAAAGGCCAUAAGAAGGCUCGAGGGACUGGGUGCAGCUGAUGUCCAGAGUGAGGACGACCAGGGAACAGACUCCGAGCAUGACCCUCCAAACUGGCAGCAGCUGGUGGGGCGAGAGGUCCUAGCGGGUCUCAGGCCUCAGGAAAUCAAGAGACAGGAAGUUAUUAACGAGCUGUUCUACACAGAGCGCGCACAUGUACGGAUGCUGAGAGUUUUGGACCACAUUUUCUAUCAGAAGCUCUCCAAAGAGGCCAUCCUGCCUCCUGCUGACAUUAAGAACAUCUUCACUAACCUGGAGGAGAUUCUACAGCUGCAUGUUUCAAUACUGGAGCAAAUGGCAGCCGUUCGGAAGAGAAAUGAGUCUUCAGUAAUUGAUCAGAUAGGAGACGACUUGCUCUCUUGGUUCAGUGGUGGAGAGGAGGAGAAGAUCAAGCAGGCGGUGGGGACGUUUUGCAGCAACCAGCCUUUUGCUCUGGAGAUCAUCAAGAGCAAGCAGAAGAAAGACUCGCGGUUUACUUCGUUCAUCCAGGAGGCAGAGAGCAACAGACUGUGUCGCCGACUGCAGCUUAAGGACAUCAUUCCCGUAGAGAUGCUGCGGCUCACCAAGUACCCCCUGCUACUAGACAACAUCGCCAAGUACACAGACAACGCAGCAGAGAAGGACAAAGUGAAGCAGGCAGCAGACUGCUGUAGAAAGAUCCUCAAUCACGUCAACCAGGCUGUGAAGGAAUCCGAGGACAAGCAGAGGUUGGAGGACUAUCAGAGAAGAUUGGACCUCUCCUCUCUAAAGCAGACAGACAACGCCAUGAUCCUGGAGCUAAAGAACUUGGAUCUAACCAAGAGAACGAUGGUGCAUGAGGGACCACUGUCAUGGAAAGUGAACAAGGACAAGACUAUUGAGUUGUACACACUCCUCCUGGAGGACAUCCUGGUUCUGCUGCAGAAACAAGACGAGCGUCUAAUCCUGAAGUGUCACAGUAAAAACCUGGCAGGCACUGCAGACACCAAACAGAUCUUCAGCCCCAUCAUCAAACUCAAUACUGUGCUGGUGCGCUCUGUGGCCACAGACAACAAGUCCUUUUUCGUCCUAUCCAUGUCUGACAACGGAGCCCAGAUCUACGAGCUGAUGGCACCCACAGUCUCAGAUCAGAGAACGUGGCAGCGUCUAAUCACCCAGAGAGCUGACGCCAUGAAAGUGAAACCUCACAGCGUCAUACCUUUACCUCAGACUGAUGGGGAGAGAGACGGUGUGGAGAUCAUCACGGCGGGCGUUUCCAGGCUGAGUCGAGACCCAGACCGCACAUCCACCGGCAGCACCCAGUCCACAGAUAAAGAGAGCAGUCCAGCCCCGAGAAGUGUGACGCAGAGUUCUCUACCUGGUAACAAUCCCUUUGAGGGCGUAAAGGCAGAGGAAGAGGAGGAGGAGGAAGGUUUCGUGGACCCAGAGCCUCCUUACCAAGUGGCUGAAGAUGGCAAAGAAGGAGACUCUUUCAACAUGUUUCCCUCCAGAGCAGACGAAGCACUGAAAACAUUGGCAGCAUUAAAGCAGGUGUUGGUGACCCAGCUGAUGUCCCAGGAGGCUGUGGAGCAAACCAAACGCUCCACAGGGGCACGUCUCCUAAGGACCACCUCUCUGCGGACCCCUGUAGACAGCCGCGCACGGGUGAUGGUCCAUAAUGGCUCAGAGAAGAACAGCUCUCAGACAGAGGACCCGACUCAGGACCUGGGCUCUGGGGACACAGGCUUCUUUGAUUCUCCUGAAGAUUAUGGGUAUUUAGUCCUGGAGGGUUACGGUGGCCCGGGGGAGAGCAGCACAGAUGAUGACAUAUUGGCAUCAACCACAGGGAAGCAGCUGAGGACCUCACAAGGCUGCGCCGCCGACUCUGGCAUCAACUUGAGGUUUUCUUCGACGUCACAGGCCGGCAGCCUCUCCUCUUUUAGCAGACAGGUCUUGUCUCACCUUAGAAACCUUCAGGCCAACCUCAACUAUCUGAAGGAGGUUGAGGCCAAGUACAAUAAUCUAAUACGCCAAAGGCCGGAGAGGCCAGCAGCGGACACGGAUGGAAGCAAAGAUAAGAGAUAGUGGAAGUCCGUACGGCAGCCUUUGGCUCUGGUUCCAAAGAGGAAGUACCGACUCGUAGUCUGUUCCUACUUCGUGUGUCCUGGACUUUCUGGACAUCCUAUAAGCUUGUCCUCUCACUGCUGAGCCCCCUUCUUUCCAUCACCGUUGCCCACGGUUGCCACAGAGAACGAGAGACUUGAGUGUGAGCAGAAGCGUUUGAAGGGUGGAGUCAUCUUUUUGAUGCCGCGCCCCCCUCCAUCAGCACAAGGCAAUCAGGGAAGUGGGAUUGCCCCUCGAAACCUCACCCCCCCUCCACCAUCUAACACCCAUUUUCCCCCCGGACCUCCCUGCAAGAAAGAGAACUUAUACCAAAAUGUACAAAGAUGUGUGUUUAGAAUAUAUAUAUAUGAAACACAAAACAAGAAAAGGAAAAUUUUAAGAUAAUGUAUUAAGAUUUUUUUUAUCCCAAGAUGUAUUUAUUUUCUUUCUUUUCAUUUUUUUUUUUUUUUUUUUUUUUUUAAGUGUUUCCCACAUUGCUUGCAUGCUUUUGGCCAUGGUGUUACCGUUUUGGCUGCUUUUCCUGCUUCAGUCAUACAGGGUUAGUGUGAGUGUGUGAGCAUACAUGCACGCUAGCCUAGUGUACCCUGAUGAAAUGGCAGGAAUAUAAUCAGACUGAUAGAGGCCAGAGUUGCACUGGUGAUGGAUAGAUCCCAUUGUGUUACAAACUCUUGAAUUGUGUUAAAGUCUAGAAUUUCAGAUAAAUUCUAGGUGUGGUGUUAACUAGAAUGAAGAGUCUGAAGGCUCUGAUCUGGUCCUGUUGCAUUUCCUUGCUGCUUCUUCCUCCUCCUCCUCCUCCUCCUCACUGUGAGGGGUGCUUUGCCUCUCGUCUGCCUCCUCAUCUCCUUUGCGUGUGACCCUCUCCCUUCUUUUCCCUGUAAACACUUAUGGGUGUCAUCCUUCUCCUUUUCCUCACAGCCCAGUGGCUUUCAUGCUUAUUUAUCCCCACUCACACUCUAUAUGUCAUGCUUCCUCAUCUGCCUUUGGGUAUCUCGCCCCGUUCCCCCUCCUCUUCUCCAAGGAGCGCUCACGCUCUUUCUGUAUCAGCUCCUGACAGAAACGCUGCUUCUUUCUGCUACUGUUGGCGAUGCUGAUCUGACUGCCUGAUAUUCUAAUAAUGUCAUGAAGUUCAACAUAUGUACAAUGAUCAAGUUGGAAGGUUAUGCAUAACUUUAAUAAAUAAAUGGUGCCAUGACACAUUCAAAAAG